AGAUAAGGGAGUAAUAUAGACCUCAUGUCUAGUAAAGUGCAACCAAUAGUGAGAAAUAUCUCCAAUACUAACACAAAGUUGUGAAAUGCCAUUUUUUUUAACAAUAAGAUGGGACUCAGAUUGCAUUCUCUCUCUGUACACAAUUUUUCUUCUAUUACAACAACUGGAUCAUUGAAAUCUAGAGAUUGUAUCAAACCUGCUAGGAGAGUGCUGAAGGUAUCUUCCGCGCUAGUAGAAACCGCAGCAUCUAUUGCAGUUGCUGCUACUCUUGUGGGAGCUGCAACAACUAUUCUUGUAAAGAGAAAUAAAUCUUCUGAAGCAAUCGAGGCCCCGGUGAGAAUCUGUGAGGAUUGCGGUGGCUCUGGGGUAUGCGCAGAAUGCAGAGGGGAAGGAUUUGUGCUAAAAAAGAUGUCGGAUGAAAAUGCUGAAAGAGCGAGACUAAUGGCAAAGAAUGCAGCUACCAGAUAUACAGCAGGACUUCCGAAAAAGUGGGGCUACUGUAUGAAAUGCAAUGCUGCUCGAUCUUGUAGUUCAUGUGGCGGCGUUGGCAAGUUGAACUAAUUAUUCUGCAUUAGACAGACAUUUAUCACAGACUUAGAGUCUCACUAAUGUUCCAUGUGACGGGACAUGACACAUUGCCACAAUACAAAUUCAAUUGUGUCUUCUUCAUCAGAAACAUAUUGUGGCAAUGCAUUGGGAAGAGAAAUGAAGAAUAUAUAGGCUUAGUGCAUAUUCAAAUACUUUAUCAAACAUUCAGGCCUCCAUUUGUACUUGAUGAAAAUUGAGACAUUAGAUUAUUAAGUAUAUUUAUUUUCAUUAAGAUUUUAAACACUUAGGCGUCGUUUAAUAGGGUGUAUCUGGAGAUAUAUGUAAUAGUAUCAUGUUUGGUGAAAAUUUUGAAUCUAUGUAUAAGUUAUACAUCCUACAUGGUGUAUAUAUAACUAAUAUCUUCCAUUUGGUGGUAUAUACACCCUUAAAUGUGAUGCUUAUUAAUAA